AUGGCACUUCUAGAAGCCAUUCCCGAGAGACUAAUAGUAGCGUUUGUCGCUAUCCUCAUCACCUACUUGCAAACAACUGCCAACUUUUAUAUUCUGGGGCCUGCUCUUGGAGGAUGGACCAGUUUCCGAGCACAAAAAAUACUUUUGCCAAUGAACAUAUUCCUCGCUUCACUCUAUGUCAACUACUAUUUAGCAUGUACAACUGAUCCAGGACACACACCAGAAGGAUGGGAACCGCCGUUUUCUGUCUUGAAUCCAGAUGAAGAUGCAGUGAUCAGAGUUGGCAUCACUGGACCGCGUUUCUGCAGAAAAUGCGAUGCUUACAAACCGCCUCGAGCACAUCAUUGCAAGCACUGUGGAAAAUGCGUACUGAGGAUGGAUCAUCAUUGUCCGUGGAUUGGAAAUUGCGUAGGAUUUGGAAAUUACAGCCAUUUUGUGCGCUUUGUAUAUUCAGUCAUUGGCUGUUGUACGUAUGGCUGCUAUCUGUUGCUAUGGAGACUGCAGCGGAUUUUGGAUGCCUGGAAUAAUCCAUGGGUGAUCGUGAAACCAGGCACCUCUGAGGUGGUGAUGAUUGUCAUUGACAUCUUACUUGUUGGCAUUGUGCUGCUGGCUGUUGGUGUGCUGGCACUCUAUCAUAGCUACUGUCUUUUCAAGGGACAAACAACGAUUGAAGGCUGGGAGAGAACGAAGACAAAGAGGUUGAUUAACAGACGAAAGAUUGAUCCUGUUGAAUUCCCCUUUGAUGUCGGAUUUUAUAAGAAUAUAUGUUCUGUGUUGGGAGACAAUCCAUUGCUGUGGGUAUGGCCAUCUCCACCGAAAGGCGACGGGUUAAAGUAUGCUGUCAAGCAAAACACGGAUCCAUUGAUACCGUAUAGUUGGCCACCACGAGAUCUCAAAGAUUUGGGACCAUCAUUCAUUGAACGAAUUGAGCAAGAACAAACCUCUGAAGGGCCGAAAUUAGUGCGACGAGAUUCAGAGGGAUACCUUGUGAGGGAAAUCACCAUGGAAGAUAGAAUGCGUAUGUUGAAUGGAGAAACAAAUGACAUGGAAUUUGACAAUAGUCGAGAACCCUUGGAGCAGGAAGCACAUGAACAAUUUUUACAACAGCAACAACAAGAGGUAGAUCCUGAGGAUUACUACUAUGAUUCAGCAAGCGUCUCUGAUGGCUUCACUGAGGAUGAAGAGGAAGAAGAAGAGGAUCAUAUCAAUCAUGACGAAUGGGUAGAUGAAGAGUAG